UGCCUUGGUCCCGCUUCCUUAAAUACAGGGCCGAUGGAAUGAUCGUCGCCCCGAAACCACACGCCCAAUUUACAUUCGGAGCUCUGGUGAUCUCAAAAACGCGGAGGAAGAGAGGAGGAAAAGAAGCUCCUUUUUUCUGUGCUAAAUUCCAAGUCUUAGGGAUGGAGGGAGAUCAGAAAUUGCACCACUUUGAUGAUGUCUCGAAGCACAGCGCCACCAAGGAUUGCUGGCUCAUAAUCCAUGGAAAGGUUUAUGAUGUGACUCCAUUCAUGGAUGAGCACCCUGGCGGUGAUGAAGUCCUUUUAGCAGCAACAAAGAAAGAUGCAACCAAUGAUUUUGAAGAUAUAGGUCACAGUAACCAAGCAAGGGAGUUGAUGGAUAAAUAUUGCAUUGGAAAGAUCGACGCAUCGACGAUUCCGGUUAACCGGGUUUUCAUCCCGCCCGAGCAGACACCAUACAAUCCAGACAAAACCUCGGACUUCACAAUCAAGAUAUUACAGUUUCUGGUACCUGUCAUGAUACUUGGCGUCGCAUUUGCAGUCAGAUAUUACACCAGGGCAGAGUAGAUUGUUCCAAGAUGAGUUGCAGUUGCAGGAGUUGAACUAAAACUAGUCUUUACAUUUGAUUUUGUUAUUUAUUUGCGACUGCUUUGUUCCAUUUCUAAAGUCCUUUGAGUAGAUUUGAUGGGUCAGUAAGGGUGAAUCUUCCCAUAUUUAUCAGGCAAGAGAGUUUAUAAGGUAAUAAAAAUCCAAGGGACAUGCUAAUUUGGUAUUAUCAUCAUUUUAUUUUGUC